AUGUUUUAUAAACAUUGUUGUCAUCUUAUUUUGAUUUUUAUUCUUCUAAACCUUUACUGUUACACAUGUACUCCUGUUGUAUCAACUGAUGAAAUACAAGAAGAUGAAAUACCAUUUUUACCACAUGAUAUUCAAGAUGAAUUCGAAAUGAAAGAAGAAUUAGAAGUAAAAGAACCAGUUGAUCCCGAAACAGACAUAACUGAGGAAAAACCUCCAUCGAAUGAAUUAAAUGAAGCUUAUUAUUUGAGAAUAUUAUGUGCUUUAUAUGGCAGUUGUACUGAUGAUGACGAGCAAAUUGCUGAUUAUGAUGAAAAAAACAAACGUCUAUCAGCUCGUCUCUUUCAUGGCAUUCCAAAAUUUGGUAAACGUGCAUCUGCAUUUGCUGGAAUACCGAAAUUUGGUUAA